GGUGUCUCGCAUUGUUUCAUAUCAAAACAAUCACAAUUAUUAAAAAUUAAUGAUUUUACAAAAUUUUGGCAAUUACUAUUGGAUCACUUAAAGGUGAAUGCAUAUAUGGAUAGUGGGGAGAUAUCAUUAGCUUCAUUGAACUGUAUGCAAGUUCUACUGGAAUUACAAAUUUCGUCGUCAUCCUCACCAACAUCAAGUUUAUCGCCUAAUUUAAUAUGGUCUGCAUAUUGGGAAACUUGGUUACAAAUAGGCAAACGAUCAAUUGCUUUUGUUCAAUCUAAUUGUAAUUCUGACAUUGCUAAUGAUAGCAGUAAUUCUCUUAUACAUAAUAAAGACGCUUCAGAACGUCUUAAUGGCAACAGUAAUAACAAUGUUAUUGACGAAAAUAUUCAGAAAAUUAAUCAUCCAUCGUAUAUAUUUCUUCCGAGUACAUCGUUCAUUACACUCUACUUUGAUUUAUUCCUGCCAAUAUUUGAUCAUAUCAAAGUGAAUUUCCAUGUUAAAGAUUUUGAUCGUUUAGAGGAAUUAAUUCAAAUCGGUGUAUUAAUUCCAUUGUAUAUCGCCUGUCUAUAUCCUAGUUUAUCUUCGAUGACAUCACAAUCAUCAACAAUAAUUGAUGAUGGUAUAUUAAAUUCACUACAAGAGUCAGUAUUACGGUGUUUAAAUUGUCUUGUUCAGCAUUUUAGUUCUGAACAAAGUAAUAAUAAUAAUGAUAAUAACAAUAGUUCAUCAUCAUCGUCAUCAUUGCUUCCACGUGUUCUUCAACUGCUUCUUACAUUGACUGGUUAUGCUGUUCAAAUCCCUAAACUAGAUCAACUGAAAAAUCAUAGACCUGAUGUUGUCCCACUCAAUUAUAUUGUCUUCGCUGAGAAAUCUUUACUCAUUGCUGUGGAUUUAUAUCAGACAACUGCUGCAUGGCCUGAAAUGUGUCGAGUUGAAAUCCUUGAAUCAAUAAUUAAGACAUUACAUCAGCCUAUGGCAUUGAAAUAUGCCUGUCCAUCUCAAACCACAUGGAUAUUAGCCUGUCGAUGCUUUUUUCAAGUAAUUACAGCUGGUAUUAUCGUGAUAUCAAAUAAAUCAGUGAAUAUUAAAAGUAAAACAUCCGUAAUGAUGAAUAAGAAAGAUUCGGUUGCGUAUACUUCGUCUAAUCAUGCUUUAUGCAAACAAAUUGUGGAUACUAUUCAAGAUUUUCUUUUCUGUCAAAAUCAACCUCCGUCAUCGCUAUCCAUUGAGGAGUUUCAACUUCAUGAAGAAUUAGACUGUAAAUUUGUCGAUUUAAUCAGUGAUUUAUUCCUGUCAAAUCCUGCACAACUACCAGAGUUCUUUAUUAGCCGACUAAUUAAUAUACUCAGUGUUGGCUCUGUCCAAUCAGCUGUACCUGUCAGUAUCACCAAUAAUGAAGGCGAUCACAAUACUCCUAGUGGUGAAGAUGCUGAUUUGAUGAAUGGAUCACAUCAAUUGAAUUCAUCUUUUGAUCACUCCGACAAUAAGUCAACAGCGCCUACAACGAUGCAUUGUCAGCCAGCUGAAUUGAAUAGUGAAGUUAAAUUCCCUAAAGGAGGAUUAGGUCGUGCUGUUCGUCAAAUGAAUUUUUUAACCACUGAAUUGCCUCAAGAUCCUUUGAUGAAUGAAUCACUCGCUUGGGAUAUUGAUUUAGAUCGUUUAAGACAAUUGAGUUUUCGUGAAAAAUUUGCUCGUUUAUGCUUUAGUAAAUUACUGUCGCAUGCUUUCUCAUCGCCGACAAAUUCAAGAACAUCAACAACAACAACACAAAUACGAUUAGAUAAUAAUUCAAUUGAUGAUAAUACUAACAAUUAUAAAGUAAAUGCAAUGAAUACAAGUUUUUCUCUAAUGGUUAGCAAAACAGCUGUACGUAGUAUUCUGCAACGAUGUCGUCUGGUAUUGAUUAAAUUCUAUCAAGCUUCACGAUUAGUUGGCAAGUGUCCAUUACCUCGUGCUCGUUUGUCCGAAAUCAGUUAUGUAUUCAAGGCAUUGACAGUUAUGCUGACAUCACUUCAGUCUGUCCCAAUCCAACAAGACGUAGAUGAUUCAAUCUGGUCCAGUGUUAUCGAAUUAUAUCCACAUAUUGUUGACUGUGUUCUUGUCGCUGGGGGAAGUAAUCAAAUGGCAUUAGCAUUGCAUCAUCUACUACGGUUGUAUGGGGAAUUUCUGGCUCCGUUACAUUUGGCCACAGGAAAUGCUAAUGAUACUACUAAUAAGCAGUAUAAUAGUAGUAGUAGUGUCCAGAAUAACAUUAACAGCUUGAAUUAUUCGAAUGACAUCUCCACUAGCAGCAGUAUGCAUCAGAAUAAACCAACAUCUUUGAAUGGAAUUCAAUGAAUUUUGAAGUGAAUGUUUUUUUAACCCCCUACCGCCUCACACACACACUUUUUUUAAUUUUUACCUUUUUUCAUGUGAUAAUUUUUUUUUAAAUGAGGCUGUGGCAUGGGAAUACUUUGGUUUCUCUCUCUCUAUCUCUUCUUUGUG